AAGGCAGCAAAAGUGGGUCUCCAGCAAGAAAUGUUUUUGCCUUUUUGGAAUUCCAAGUGAAAAGCUCUCUGCUUUAAACUUGUUGGCAGGAUUAUUUAGUUGGUGCAAGAUAGAUUUUUGUUCAGCCCAUUGCAGCUGUGAUUGUAAAAAAAUACCCCAUUUCUUCACAAGCUUACUUACCAAAGAUAAAAAAUAGGCCACCUCUGAAAGAACAAAAUGGCUACCUACUGUAAGCGUCCUGAUGGCGAUGGCACCUAUAAACGGAUCGAAAACAAAGACCCAAGUCCUAAACAAAGUUGCUGGCAGAGUUUUAUGAUGUGUUGUGGAAAAAGUUCUUCAGGGGAAUCGCAACCUUUUACAAGCACCUGGGCAGGAAAUAAACAAAAAAUGUUUCCAGCAAAUGGUACUCAAAGUGAUGUAGUUAAGAAGGAAGAUUCUGAACCAUAUACAACUUACAGCAUCGAUGAUCAGAACGGUAGAAGCCAUACACCAGGCUUUGGAGACGCCAGCUCUCUGAAGACAAAGAAGGGUACCAGUGAUCAAUAUCAGCGAAGUCCGAGCUUCAAUGGUGCAGACUCCAGCUCUCCAAUGAUGAUCAAAGGUAGCCCCCUACAGGAGGCUUACAGGCCACUAGGUUUCAGCAAAGAGGAUGGAUUUAUGUAUACCGACAUCUUUGCCACACAAACAAGCUUCAAAGAUGGACUAUAUGUAGACAUCAGCAGCUCUGCGCAAAAGCUUCCAGACCAAGCAAGCUUCAAAGAUGAUGAUUAUGCAGACACCAGCAGGCCCACAGGAAAUGGGAGCAGUUUCGCAGGAAGUGCUGCAAGGCAAACAAGCUUCAAAGAUGAGAAAUCUGCAGACACUGGCAGCCCUGCAGGAAACAAGAGCAGUUUCGUAGGAGGUGUUGCAAGGCAAACAAGCUUCAAAGAUGAGAAAUCUGCAGACACCGGUAGCCCUGCAGGAAACAGGAGCAGUUUUGUAGGAAGUGUUGUAAGGCAAACAAGCUUCAAAGAUGAGAAAUCUGCAGACACCGGUAGCCCUGCAGGAAACAGGAGCAGUUUUGUAGGAAGUGUUGUAAGGCAAACAAGCUUCAAAGAUGAGAAAUCCGCAGACACCAACAGCUCUGCAGGAAACAAGAGCAGUUUCGCACGAAGUGCUGUUAGGCAAACAAGCUUCAAAGAGGACAACUCUACAGACACCAGCAGCCCUGCUGGAAACAAGAGCAGUUUCAUAGGAAGUGUUGCAAAGCAAACAAGCUUCAAAGAUGAGAAAUCUGCAGACACCAGCAGCCCUGCAGGAAACAAGAGCAGUUUUGUAGGAAGUGUUUCAAGGCAAACAAGCUUCAAAGAUGAGAAAUCUGCAGACACCGGUGGCCCUGCAGGAAACAAGAGUAGUUUUGUAGGAAGUGUUGUAAGGCAAACAAGCUUCAAAGAUGAGAAAUCUGCAGACACCAGCAGCUCUGUAGGAAACAAGAGCAGUUUCGCACGAACUGCUGUUAGGCAAACAAGCUUCAAAGAGGAGAACUCUGCAGACACCAGCAGCCCUGCAGGAAACAAGAGCAGUUUCAUAGGAAGUGUUGCAAAGCAAACAAGCUUCAAAGAUGAGAAAUCUUCGGACACCGGUAGCCCUGUAGGAAACAAGAGCAGUUUCGUGGGAAGUGUUGUAAGGCAAACAAGCUUCAAAGAAGAGAAAUCUGCAGACACCAGCAACUCUGCGGGAAACAAGAGCAGUUUUGCACGAAGUGCUGUUAGGCAAACAAGCUUCAAAGAUGAGAAUUUUGCAGAGACCAGCAGCCCUGCAGGAAAUGAGAGCAGUUUCCCACGUGGUGUUGUAAGGCAAACAAGCUUCAAAGAUGAGAAAUCUGCAGACACAGGCAGCCCUGCAGGAAACAAGAGCAGUUUCUCAGGAAGUGUUGUUAGGCAAACAAACUUCAAAGAUGAGAUGUCUGCACAUACCAGCAGCCCUAUAGGAAACAAGAGCUGUUUCGAACGAAUUGUUGUUAGGAAAACAAGCUUCAAAGAUGAGGAAUCUAUGGACACCAGCAGCCCUGCAAGAAACAAGAACAGAUUCGUGCGAAGUGCUGUAAGUCAAACAAGCUUCAAAGAUGAGAGAUCUGCAGACCAGCAGCACUAUAGCAAACAAUAGCAGUGUUGAGAGAGCUGCUGCUAGGCUAACAAGCUUCAAAGGAGAUGAACAUGACGAUCCUAGCUCACCAGUUUUAACCAAAAGCAGUACUUUACAACAACAAUUUGGUAGGCAAACAAGCUUCAAAAAUGGUAAUUAUUUAGAUUCCAACUCUCCAAAAACAACCGAGCUCAAUGACGGUUGCCAUAGAAACAAACUUGAAGGAAGGUCAAUAUGCAGACAACAACCCUGCAAUAACAAGGAAAAGCAGAGUCGGACAACUGUUCAAUGGGCAAACAAGCUUCAAUGAUGAUAAAUAUGCAGAUCCGAGCCCUGUAUUCACAAAGAGCAGCAUUGGGAGAAAAAUUGUGAGCCAAACAAGCUUCAAAGAUGAUAAAUUUGCCAACAAUAGCCCUCUGAUAAUGGCUAAGAGCAAUGCUGUCCCACAGGUUGUUAGGCAAACAAGCUUCAACAGAGAUGACAAUUAUACAAACAUCAGUGAUUGGCAAAAGUUUGACGGCUAGUAAGUUCCAAUAACAACAAUAGACACCAGCCUUCCACAUUAUUAGAGAAGCACAAUGAAAGUCAAGUAAACACAAGACAUAGCUCUUCAAUGUUUACAAGGUUUAGCAACCUAGGACAAGGAGGAUAACUGCAGUCAAAUGAACCCGAAGGCUCUCCCAGAGCCAGAGCAGCAAAAGUUGGCUCAAAAGCAAGCCAUGGGAACAAGGCCCUAGAACAUUUGCAGUUGGUGGCUCUGGACAACAAGAAGACACCCAGGAGAAGAAAUAAACUCAAAAAAUAACUUCAGUUUCUUGAAUUCCUUUGAACAAAAAGAUUAAUUUCUGUAUUUUCUUUCCCCUUUCUUUUACAUAAAUAGCAAUAAAAUAGCUUCCUUUUAA